CUCUCUCUCUCCCUCCCCCAAAUAAUCAAUCCAAUACUCAAAAUGGCCACUAAGGGUUUCAACGCUGGCGAUGCCUUCCCCCAGGAUGUGACCUUCUCUUACAUCCCCUGGUCUGAGGAGGCUGGCGAGAUCACCUCUUGCGGUAUCCCCAUCAACUACUACGCCUCCAAGGAGUGGGCUGACAAGAAGGUCAUCCUCUUCGCUCUUCCCGGUGCUUUCACUCCCGUCUGCUCCGCCAACCACGUUCCCGAGUACAUCCAGAAGCUCCCCGAGCUCCGCGCCAAGGGUGUCGACCAGGUCGCCGUCCUCGCUUACAACGAUGCCUACGUCAUGAGCGCCUGGGGCAAGGCCAACGGUGUCACCGGAGAUGAUAUUCUCUUCCUCUCCGACCCCGAUGCCAAGUUCUCCAAGAGCAUCGGCUGGGCUGAUGAGGAGGGUCGCACCUACCGCUACGUGAUCGUCCUUGACCACGGUAAGGUCAUCUACGCCGCCAAGGAGGCCGCCAAGAACAGCCUCGACCUCUCCCGCGCCGAGUCUGUCCUCAAGCAGCUGUAAAUUCACUCGUUUGAAAAUAGAUUUGGGUAAAUGGGCUGGCGCAUUGUUUCAUGGGUGAUUGGGGGUCGGACUGCGGUAUUUGGGUACAAAUAUCCAGCACGG